AUGGUCAAGGCCGAUCUCACUCGAGAUUACUAUGGCGAUUUAGAGCUGCUGCCAGGGGCCGAUAUUCAGGAAAUCAAAAAGCAAUUCAAGAAGCUUGCCCUCACGUACCAUCCAGACCGCAACCCUGGCCGCGAAACCGAAGUCACUGCUAAAUUCCAGAAGAUACAGUCGGCACAUGAGGUUCUUAUUGAUGCUACAGAGCGGGCCAGAUAUGAUGCAAAUAGGGUCAGAGUGACAUCUUCACAUUAUAAAUCGGCGUAUGGUGGCCCAACAUCUUCCGGUGUGCGGGGGAACCCUUGGUCUUCAGCAGGCUCCCAAUGGGCCCCUCCUCCAAAGCCUCCAACCGCUCGCAGAGCUCCACCGCCUUCCACGGGUGCUCGACGCUACGAAAAAUUCGACACGCCAAAGAACUCGUCGCACUGGUCUUCCCAGGAAGGCCCAGAAGCAAGGGCAAGGACGUACGAGGCAUGGGAGCAUAUGAGAAGUCAUAACAGUGCGAAGCCAAGCCCUGGCCGGACAGGAGGACCUCCAAAGCCCCCGCCCAGAGAAACACCACAGCCGGCCCGAGGAGAUGGUGAAGCAAGGAGAUAUGGUGCUGCCUCCAAGCCACGAGCCGCCUACGAUGACACCCGAAACGGCCAUAUGCCCAAUGAGACUCCUCGUCGCAGAAGUCAAAGUACAAACACAUCGCCGAGAAAGGGCUUUAUGCCAAACACCCCAGGAGGCGACGAACCUGCGGCACCGAGAGGGGCAUAUUUCACAACGCAGCGGGCACCUCCCGAUCCUCCACCACGGAAACCUUCCCCGUCAGUGUCCAAUGUUGCGCCCGAUCCCCUUAAACAAUUCAGAGAUAAAGCUUCGAACUUCGAGCCGCGCGUCAGCACUCCCUAUGCUACGCAUGGGGGAGAGAAGUUCAAUCCCUUUGAGACUGCUAAUAUCAGUAGAUCCAAGAGCACACGUGAGCCUUCCAGCUCGAAGCAUGUGCCUAGAACUGGCUCAGAUCCCAAUUUAGCUUCGCCCCGUCGCACAACCACAUUUGCCGAUCAAUAUCCGUCAAAGCCUUCGAACUCGUAUGCUGCUCCACAAGUCGAGGUCGAUAGCUCUAGCUCCGAAGAUGAGCCCAGAACAAACGGACACGCGUUUGGAAAGCCUAGAUACUCCACAAAAGCCAGCAACGGUACUAGCGCGCCACCACGUGCUCCACAGGUGCCAAAUGCCGGUAAGGCUUCAUCCAAUCCACGUGCAGCUACUACCAAUAUUGGAAAAUUCCGACAAUGGAUGAGAGAGAAUCCGGGUGUAGAGCCACCGCUAAACGGUUUUCCUCCAGAUGGGCCUCCUCUUCGCUCUGACCCCCCCAAGAACGAUACACCUGACGGAACCAAAAUGUAUGCUACAUUCACUCAUUCCUCUAUCUACUCCGACAGAAAGCGAAGUUCCAGUUAUUCCGUCAAAGUCCCGACAGUUUCAGAAGAUAUGUCAUCACAAAAUCCCAAGAUUGCUUCAAACUCUACUCCAAAGUAUUUAUUUUCGAAAGGCACAGAGCCUAAAACACCUCCCAGUGGAGUCACGCCUGAUUCGCAAACUUUGAAUGCUUUCGAGGGCUUGCAGCGUACUGUUAUCGACCAGCUCCUCUCCAGCAAAGGAAAGAACAGUUGUUCAAAUCCUCACCAUAACGCAACUCCGUUGAAAAGAGCCUCAGAGAACAAUGGUCAGACUAGUCGUUCAAGUAACUGCCGUAUUCCAAGCCGGGCUAGUCACUGGUUGGACUACAGGGAUUCUGCGAAUGCCGGAAGCCCGUCCAAAAAACUCAAACCCCUUAAGCACCUACAUGCAGUUCAUUUACAUUCGGCUAAAAAGGCAAAUGGUUUUUGGCAGGAUUAUGGAGAGUUGAAGGCCAAUGCUAAUCAGUCGGGAUAUUCUAGAUUCUCCUUCAAUGUCGAUAAUGACACCUUCAAGCAGACAAAUCCUCCCCCAAGAACUUUCGCUAGUAGCAGUACGGAAAAUAUCAGCACCACAUUUUCACCGGAAGAUUGGACGGGAACAUUCGAAGCCGGAGCAGAGUACUUCAAGCCUAAUCAAAAGACUACGGGAGUUUCCUCUGGCCCUCAUCGCGGCCAGUCUGGGAGUAGAUCGAGGGGACGUUCGCCUACCAAAGUCCCACCUGUUGAUCCUAAAUUUCCACAGCCCAGUGCGGUACCAGAAACUCCAAUUGAGUCCCCAGGAGGCACCAAAUUCUCCCCCGAUCAGUGGGCACAAAUCUUCAAACCUCAGACUUUUGCGCCACCAAACAUUCCUCCUCGACCGAAUAGGCCUCGGCCGACUCCCACCCGCCCAGCUAUGGCUACACCACCCGUGGCUGGUGGAUCUGGCGUGGGAGCUGAUAAGGCCGGGUUCGGUACAAAUCCCGCUACUCCAUCAGCCCCUACAACCCCAAACCCAGAUGCCAUGGACGUGGAUACUCCGCCUGUUACAAAUACCGUUCCUCAGUUUGCGAAUAAGCUGAAUAUUAACACUGAAUCCGUCAAACGACCAGCGCCCACCUCGCAUUCACAGUCUCCUACGGAUGCAGAGGCAUUAAAGGUCAACUUCGAUGAUCUCAAUAUCCAAGACUUGAUAUCGUCGCUCAACCUGCCGUUGCCACCAAGUGGUCCCGUAGUUCCACAGCCACCUAGCCGACCCAAUAGCCCUCUAGGCCCAGCUUAUGAAACUUUCAAGAAGAAAUUCGAGAUCUACAUGGGAGAGUGGGAUUUGUUCAACAGCAAGAAUAUGCUACAUCUUGUUGCAAGGAAGAACCAGGUUGAUACCCUUGGGGCGGAGAGAUGGCAGGACAACGCAGGCAUCGAGCUUUACAGACGGGGUUUGAGGGAAGAUGCAGUAGUAAUAAAGCAUUGGCAGGAUGCGAGGGAGGCGCAUGAGAAGGUGAUGAAAGAGUAUGUUGUUGUCAGAGAGAGGAUGAAGAGCCAAAGCGAGAUGAAGAAGGCGGGUGUGGCGGCGGGCGAGGACCAGAGACCCCGGAAGAAGACGCAUUAA